UACGUGUUAAUUACCGCAAUGUUAUCAUAACAUUUGAUUAGCUUCGCAAAUUCAAAUAAUUUGAUUCUAAAGCUGCUUAUCAAAAGAGGAGACAUAUCGUAUAUACACAAAACAUAGGAUUCAUGUUCUCAAUACUAAAAGGAUCAAUCUCCAGAGGAGAUAUACUCUAGAAAGACACGCAGAGUUGACAUACAUUGGCAAUUUGGGUGAUGGACAUGUCCUAUUAUAAACAUCUAUACCAUUUAAUGAAAACAAACGUACAACAACGCACUAUUGGAAAAUUACAUGGAGUCACUACCAAGGAGAGGAUUCGGUAGCUUUAAUGAAGCUAGUUUUACGUCAUUUGAUCGUGAUAUUGUACGCAAAAUCACAAGCGAAGGAUGGCUUCAAAUACGUAUUAUUAGGAAGCAUGGAUGAUAUAUACUCCCAAAAAUUCAACUCACUUGGGAAUCACCUACAGGAAUCAUUAACGAGCACCCUGGAGAGAGUUAAGACUACGAAUAUUGGUUUAAACAUGGAUAAAGAUGUUGCCAAGCAAAAAUCUGAUAGAGUAAUACCGUCAGAUAGACAAUUAGAUCCGAAAGACGUGAAAUAUCAUUAACCCCGUUGAAAGCAAUCAAACGUACGUCUAACUAAAGUAUAGCUUACAUAAAUGGUAUGAAUAUCUUUCUGAAUCGGUGUAAAACUAUUCAAUCGUACCCUACUCAAAAGAAAGACAGCAUUGUCAAGUCGGCAGAGACAGCUGACAGGCGUUUUAGUAAAGUAUGAGGAAGAUAUCACGCAAUAGUACACUCGAUUGGUUUUUUU